AUGUCUUCUUCACGAAAGGAAUGGGCAUUAAAGCUUGAUGACGCUUUAUGGGCAUAUAGGAAAACCUUUAAAACCCCAAUUGGCCUUACUCCCUAUCAAUUAAUUUAUGCGAAAUCAUGUCAUCUCCCCAUUGAAUUAGAGCAUAAGGCAUAUUGGGCAACAAGGACUUUGAAUUUUGAUGUGAAGAAGGCCAGUAGGAAGAGACUCGAGUUAUUUUUGGGAAAGUUGAGGUCACGAUGGUCGGGUCCAUUUAAAGUUAUCAAAGUUUAUCCUCACGAUGCGGUUGAUCUUGCCAAUGCAAAGGGGGAAUUUUUUAAGGCAUUUAAUGGGGCUUCCACGAAACUGAUUCCACCUUGGGUACAUCAGAUUCGUGAUCUGGGUUUCGGAUUGAAGGUUGAGGAGGAGUUUUGGAGCAAAUCAAGAAGCAAUUCUAGAGAUCAACUGCAGUGUAGAUCAAGACUUUGA